UAAUUAGAUCAAGAAGGCCAAUUUUAAAAAUUAAAAUAAAAUAAAAAUAAGUAAUUGCAUGAGGAAUUGUGGAUGGAUUUAUAUAAAUUUCAUGGGCUACUCUGUUUUCGUGGAGGACUUAAAUUUGUUUUUUUUUCCUUUUUUAUAUAAAAAAUCAAAAGAGAUAAAUUCGGGUGGAACCAAAUCUGUUGUUCCUGAUUAUUAUGAUUAAUCGACACUUCGUUAUACUUUUCCCUUGCCUCUCUGUCUUCAUUGAUCUAUUUUUCAAUUUAGGGUUCCAUCUUUCCCCCAUCGUUGUCCAGAAUAGAACGAACCCUUAAUUCUCCAGAACUUUUAAGUUGAAGAAUUAAUCAAGAUCAUUAAGACAUGGAAAGUGCAGAGGAUACUUCUACAAUUGUAGAGCCACCUGACCCAGAAGUUCUUGAAAUCGACCCAACUUGUCGAUAUAUUCGGUACAAAGAAGUGAUAGGAAAAGGCGCAUUCAAGACAGUUUAUAAAGGAUUCGACGAAGUAGAUGGGAUUGAAGUUGCAUGGAAUCAAGUAAGAAUCGAUGAUCUUUUGCAAUCACCUGAUUGUCUAGAGAGGCUAUAUUCAGAAGUACGGCUUUUGAAAUCUUUGAAGCACAGUAACAUUAUAAGGUUUUAUAACUCGUGGAUCGAUGACAAGAACAAAACAGUUAACAUAAUCACCGAGUUGUUCACUUCGGGAAGUCUCCGACAGUAUCGUAAGAAACAUAGAAAGGUGAAUAUGAAGGCUGUGAAGUGUUGGGCGAGACAGAUUUUAACGGGGUUGAAGUAUCUUCACAGUCAAGAACCGCCGAUUAUACAUAGAGAUAUUAAAUGUGACAACAUUUUUAUCAAUGGUAACCAUGGAGAAGUGAAAAUAGGAGAUCUUGGUUUAGCUACUGUCAUGGAGCAAGCUAAUGCCAAUAGUGUGAUUGGAACUCCUGAGUUUAUGGCGCCUGAGCUCUACGAUGAGAAUUACAACGAGCUUGCUGAUAUAUAUUCUUUCGGGAUGUGUAUGCUUGAAAUGGUUACUUUUGAAUAUCCUUAUUGUGAAUGUAGAAACUCUGCUCAAAUCUACAAGAAAGUUUCAUCUGGUAUAAAACCGGCUUCACUCUCAAAGGUUAAAGAUCCAGAAGUAAUGGAGUUUAUACAAAAAUGUUUAUUGCCAGCUUCAGAAAGGUUAUCAGCGAAGGAGCUUUUAAAUGACUCUUUUCUCCAAGUGAACAGUUUAGCUAUGAACAAACCUUUACCGCUUCCUGACAUUGUAAUGCCUAAAGAAGGUUCGUUUGGAGACCGAUGUCUUAUGUCUGAAGGACCUCCUAACUCUCGGAGUAAACCAAUGUCGAUGGAUCUUGACGAGGACAAUCACCUUCCCAUUGUUACUUCAAGCAACGAUUCAGGAUCCAAGUGUGUUGAGGUCAGAAGGGCAAAGAGAGGGAACUUGUUUGUCCUCAAAGGUGAAGAGAAUGAUGAAAACUCUGUUUCGCUUAUUCUUAGUAUAGUCGACGAAAACGGACGUGUAAGGAACAUUCAUUUCUUGUUCUAUCAAGAAGGUGACACUGCUUCUAAGGUAUCGAGUGAGAUGGUUGAACAGCUCGAACUGACGGAUCAAAACGUUACGUUUAUAGCGGAAUUGAUCGAUGUUUUGCUCGUUAAUUUGAUACCGAGUUGGAAAACCGAUGUCACGAUCGAUCAUCUUGUUCAACCGCAACGGAACAAGAGCUCCAAGGACCAUGAUGAUGAUCAUCAUCAUAAUGGUGCAGUUUCUCAGGGUAGUGAAUCAGUUAGUCACUCUUUGUCAUCGGAUUAUUGCCCGAGAUCCGAUGAUGACGAGGUGAGCUCGAUCGUAGCUGCGACGACAAGAGAUGAAGAAGCAGAGAAACCGGGAAGCGUGGAGGAAGAAGUAGAGAGGUUAAGAGUGGAGCUAGAGAGGAUAGAAGAGCAGUACAGGGAAGAGAUGACAGAGAUAUCGAGGAAAAGAGAAGAAGCGAAAACAGAGACGAGAAAGAGAUAUUUUGAGAAGAAUGCAACAAGUUGAGUAAAAAUAAACAGAGCAAUACACUAGCGCCGUCUCUGUUUUUUUGGCUUCCUCUGUUCUGCUUUUCUUUUUUUUUUUUUUUUUUGUAGUAAUUUUUUAUGUAAGUUUGGUCAACGAGAAAAAAUUCUUUUUGUUGUUAAGAUAUAGUUUUUAAUUUUUUUG